GAUUGGUCGGCUACCAGCUGCACUGCCGUCCCCCCUGCCAUUCUGUAUUGCGAUGCGCGUGCCACUGCCGAGGCCAGAGAGAUGGCAAUGCUGGCAGGAGGCGAGGAAGCAAUCAUUGCAUCCACCGGGAUGAGACAAUGCCCCACCAGCGUGCUGGCGAAGCUCCUUUGGCUGCAGCGGCACCGACCACACGCACUGAAGGAAGCUUCCUCGCUGCUUCUCGGCGCCCAUGCCUACGUGUGCAGCCAUCUGAUUGGUCGGCCAGCCCGGGUUGUGGAUUGCACCACGCUCUCCACCACAGGCCUUGCCACGUGUCCAUCCACCUCUGGCAUCUCAUAUGCUUCUGACCUGCUUCACUCACUGGGCCUCUCCCAUUGGCUGCCUCUUCUCCCUGAGAUCUUGCCACCCACCCAACCAUGCGGCACCUUAUCUGUGGAAGCUGCGGAGCGAAUGGGAGCACGCCACCUGGCAGGCAUCCCUGUAUUUCACUCGUGUGGAGACCUGGGAGCUUCUGCUGUGGGGUGUGGAUCAGGUCUACCUGGCACGGAGUACAUCUAUCUCGGCACCUCAGGAUGGGUGGCUGGGUCCUUUCCCCUGCCACCACCCUUACAACCAGCAACACAGCCACCCAACCAACAACCCAACCAGCCUUCCACACAUCCACCACCACUGGCAUCUCAGCCUCUUGCAUCGGUUCAACCGCCCUCAUGGUCUCAGGGCGUGUUCACUCUCGCUCACCCCGACCCCUCACUGGUCUUCAGAACAGCACCCAUUAUGACAGCAGGGGGCAAUCUCAAGUGGGCUAUCAACACGCUCCUGGGCAGCAGCGGCAAUGACGUGGCAGAAUCUGCCUUCCAGAACGCUGACGUGGCAGCAGCAUCCGUGCCAGCUGGCAGUGGUGGCCUUCUCUACCUCCCAUUCCUGAACGGCGAGCGGUGUCCAUUUGAGGACCCCAACAUGCAGGCGGCAUUCAUCGGCAUAUCUGCCUCUACCACUCAAGCACACAUGAUACGUGCGGUCCAAGAGGGAGUGGCAUAUGCACUGCUCUCAGCCCACACCGCCAUGCAAGCACACAGUGGUGGCAGUGGAAGCAGCAAGCCCUCUGCUCUGCGCAUUGUUGGUGGUGGCGCUCGCUCGUCAACUUGGGUCCGCAUCAUGGCAUCUGUAUUCAACCGGCCAAUCGACUGCCUCGCUGAUUCUCAGGAAGUUGGGGUGAAAGGUGCUGCCAUUCUCGCUGCUCAAGGUUUGGGGUGGUUCUUUACCUUGGCUCCUUUGCACG